CUCCAACUAAUACCGUCAAAUUCGCCGUCAACACACUUCCUCAGAUACAUUUUCCCUCCCCAAACCCUCGUAUAUAAGCAUCUUCCUUCAUCUCCAUUUUCAUCUCUCUCUCUAUACAUACACAUAAGACACACAGAAGUGACUGAUUGGGACGAAGAAUAUGAGCAGUGGGCAAGAGGAUAUUAGUAUCUGCCCUAGCUUCAAUUGCUAUUCAGCUGAUGGACUGGCACAAAUCGCAGUGAAGGUUACGAAGGAGAACACAAACGAUGCCGUGGGGAAUGAAUAUGACAAGGAUAAUUACGACGAGGAUUUUGAGUUUGCUUUUGUACGUGAGAAUCAGGAAGUUUUAAACGGCGACAUCAAAAUCAAGCCGAUUUUCCCUAUAUUUAAUCGAGAUAUUUUGGUGAAUAGCGAUGAAAAGCGUUUGGAAUCUUCUGAUCAGGUGGAGGAUAUUAGAAUUCCGUUAAAUAAAUUAUUUAUCGAAGAUAGUGUUGAGAAGGAGCGUGAGAUUCCUUCGUCGUCGUCAUCGGAAGCAGAUGAAUUGGAGAGCGUACCACCGGGAAAGUACUGUGUAUGGAGGCCAAAGGUGGCGGAGCCAUCGCCGAGCCGAUGUCGGAAAAGCAAGUCCACUGGAUCCGGUUCGAGGAGGUGGAAGCUGUGCGAUUUGAUGCGACGAAGCAAUAGCGACGGCAAGGACUCUUUCGUCUUUUUAACGCCAAAGCACCGGGAAGAGAAACCGAAGAAGAUUGAGAACUCGAAAAAAUCAAAAGCGAAAGGAACUGCCCUAUACGGCGGCGGCACGCCGGGAUCACCGUCAGCUCACGAAGCGCAUUAUAUACGGAAUAGAGCAAUUAAGGAAGAGAAUAAGAAGAAAUCGUAUUUACCGUACAGACGAGACCUCGUAGGGUUCUUCGCUAAUGUCAACGGUUUGGGCAGGAGUUUUGCACCGUCCUGAGAAGGCCGAUGGUUGUACCUUCAGUUCAAAGGCGGUACAUUAUCAAAAUCUUUGUUUAUUAAUUUGAAGUUUUUUUUCCAUUUUUAUCAAUAGUUGAAGAUAUUUUACCUACAAAUAUUCGAUAUUUUGUGGAUAAUUUAAUAAUUUAUCAAUCAAGAACAUGUGCAAAGAGAGUAAAUUGCAGUUUGUUUCUCGAA